UUUGCCCCCUCUCUUCCCUGCAGCAGGGAGAGAUGCAUUGUGGGAAACUCCCAGGCUGGUCCCUGCAGAGCAUCCUCCGAGCUGCACGGCGGAAGAAGCAAAACAGAUUAUUUUGGACAACCUGUUGUGAAUAUAAUAUUUCAGCACAAGAAAAUAUAUUGUGUUCUGACUGACUUCGCUAAAAAAAUAAAAGGACUCGAGAGUUUUCAUAAUGGAGGCCAAAUCCAAAUCUACCAGCUCUAAGGCCUCUAAAAUUGAGAAGGGCAGCCCAGCAGCAGUAAAGAGAGACAGCUCAGCCAAAGAGCAACAUAAUCCCACAGCAAAUAAGACAACGGCAGAGAGCGUGGCAGCCACUCAAGAUGGAACAAAGUCUGAUGCAGUUGAACCUCAGGUGACACCAGCAACUUCAGACAAGGGGAACACAGAAGAGCAGGAUAAUUCCAAUGGCGCUGGUGAAGGCUCAGGGUUUGAAGGCUCAAGGUUUGAAGGCUCAGGGUUUGAAGGUUCAGGGAUUGAAGGCCUGAAGCCUCUGCUGGUAGCUGCCGGUGUGACAGUGGCUGCCCUUGCAGUAAUUGUAGGCGUUGUGUUUCUGGCUCGAAAAAAAUAACGUUUGAAGUUUUCAAGGGAAGUUCAAGUAGGGAGGUCCAAACAAGGACCGAUAUGUACAGUUUCUCCAAAGGCUGCCGCAUGCCGCAGAAUGGUCACCAAUUCAUCACAUGAAGUCACGCAGGUCUCUGGGAAGAGGUUUGAUCCGAAAGCAGACAAGAGAUCUUUGGCUGCUGCCAUAUUGUUGACAUUUUAAUACGGUUGUCACCACUAAUAAUACACUGUAUUGAUACAGCUAUAGAAUACGUCGUUUUACUUUGCUCCAUUCAGCUACAGUGAUAUUUCUCACCAACUUCUUUGGAUUGUACAGGGGAAUCUCUUAUUAUUGUCCCUCUAAAUUUUUAUGUAAACGUUGUGAAAUGUACCUCUGCUUUGUAAGCCAA